UGAAAAGUAUUUAUCCUCCUCAAUAUUGUUAUGAGUAAGUUUCUCAUUUAACUUUUUUUUACUUUUGAUGAAUGUAUUAGGUAAAAUAGUUUGCUUUUAAUGCAUUAGGUAGUAUUAGAUUUCGAAAUAGGUAAUGUUACAAACGUGCACUAUAAUUUGGAUGCUUUUGGGUGGUUAUGGCAAAAUUAGGAACUGCUUCUGCCAUUGAAGCAAAACACAAAGCUUUUUCGGAGAUGCAUCUCCGAAAUGGGUCCUUUCUGGUUUUCGGAGAUGCAUCUUUGAAUUUACUCCUUCUUGCUACAGAAAUUUAGAGAAUUUAAAACUAAUUUUUUGGUUCGUUUUUUCCAGGAUAUUGGCUGAAAACAACAACAGAAUGUGACUCAGCCGUGAAACCCUAACCAUGUUCGCUCGCCGCGAGAGGGCCUUUCAACAUAAGCAUGCCAGAGCAAAGUGGUUCCCUGCCCCUAGGACUCACAACGAGGAAGCGUCGGGUUCUAUAAGCCGCCUCUCACAGAGAUCCUCAUCACAGGCUCAUGUACACCAAGAGGAAGCUCUUUUUACAAGUGAUGAUCUCCCUCCACUUGCAGAUUCUUAUCCAGGAGGGCUCAUUAACACAUCAUUACUGAUACAUUAUGGAGACCAUAUUGCUCCGCAUGUCUGGGUCAGAGAGGAACAUGAUUGUUUGAAAUCUAUUAAUCAUGCCAGAAAGAUUCACAAUAUUUAUCAUCCUAUAGAUGACGUCGCUUGCCUUCUACAACUUCCCAUUAGGGGGAAGUUACUUGAUCAUUCUAGGAUCAAACGCGAUAAAGCUCAGGAGACGAUGGUGAUUUAUUUGGGAGUUGGCCCAAUGGAAGCCCUUAAGCAGUGUGAGAACACCAAAUGUGCUUAUGCUAAAUUUUCAUUCUUGAAAGAGCUUUAUGAACAAAACUUGGAGUUGGUUGAGGAAGCGGACGACGAUGAUCUACAGGUUACAUACCAUCGAGAGUGUGCUUUGAGGCGUUUCUUCCUAUUAUUAGUUGGCACGUCCAUGUUUGUGGACAAAAGUGCAACCCACGUAGAUGUGGCAUACCUUAAUUAUUUCAUUGAUUUGGAGGCCAAUAACGAGUGGAACUAGGGGGCCGCAUGCUUUAUAUACCUGUACGCCAAGCUGAGCGAAGGUUCUCUUUAGAUGACAAAGCAAAUGACAGGCUCCUGCAC